AGAGAGAGGCGCGGGCGGGGUCCUCUCCUCUGCCGAGCUCGUGUGGGCGCUGCCUCCGGUCCCUCCUCCUCUACCUGACGGAUCAGGCGGAGAGCUAGAGAGAGACGAGGCGAAGGGAAGGAGGAAGGAAGGAAGGAGCCUCGGGAGCUUGCUUUUUCCGCCGCCCAAGCGCGUGGGAUCCAGAUCGCUCCGCUUUCUCUACCUUCCCCUCCUUGCCUGCCUUCGCUCCGUUAUCCCGAGGCGCGCGGCUCUUCCUCCAUCCUGCCACCGCGAUGUUCUGAGCGGAGAGCAUCCUUCGCUAAGUCUCCGUGCCGGUCGUUCUUGCUUUCUCUCUGUUUAUCCUUUUCUUUUUAAAAUUGCUGCAUUCAACCGUUCUAAAGGUCUCUCGAGGCAAGGAGCGUUUUUAAAAAAUAAAUAAAUAAAGGAGAGAGUGGUGGACCUACACAUUCUUUGGCCAUGGAUGUAUUCAUGAAAGGAUUCAAUAAAGCCAAGGAUGGAGUUGUGGCAGCAGCAGAGAAAACGAAGCAGGGUGUGGCAGAAGCAGCAGGGAAAACAAAAGAAGGUGUCUUAUAUAUGGGUUCAAAGACCAGGGACGGAGUUGUUCAUGGGGUCACAACAGUGGCUGAGAAAACCAAAGAGCAAGUGUCGAAUGUGGGGGGAGCGGUGGUGACCGGAGUGACCGCUGUAGCGCAGAAGACGGUGGAAGGCGCGGGAAAUAUAGCUGCAGCCACUGGUUUUGUCAAGAAGGACAAACAGAAUGAAGGUGUCCCACAGGAAGGAAUGAUGGAGAACACAGACAUGCCCGCAGACCCUGAAAAUGAAGCCUACGAAAUGCCUCCUGAGCAGGAAGAGUACCAAGAUUAUGAACCUGAAGCAUGAACACCCUCUUUCACUCCUGUCUCCUGUGACCUGUUGACAAAGACAUCCUGUCCUGUACAAGUGCUGAGUUCCAAUGUGCCCAGUUGUAAACUAUUUUUUAUAGUUUUCACAGUGUCUUUUGAAGUCUUCCAUCAGCAAUGAUCGGAGCAUCUGUAACUGCACCCAGUUUUCGCUUUGGUGGCAUCCUUUCUCUGAAACGAAAGCCUGGGUCUCAGAGCCAUUGUUGGUGUGUGGAUGUUGUGGCUUCAAGGUCUAAAAUAUUUGAAAACAAUGAAAAAAAAAAACCACCUAAGUGUCUACUCCUUAUUUCUAAAGCUGUACAUGUAGAUUGUCAGUAAUUUGGUAUUGUCAAUGAAACAAUGACUUUUUUUCAAACAUUUCUUAUGAUUAUUCUUUUCUGUUCAAGGAUGGUAUUAUUGUGAAAGUUGUUAAUAUAUUUCUAUACAUAUAUACAUACAUUUAAAGUUAUUGAGCAUGAACUAUGCACCUAUAAAUAUUAACUGUGACAUUUUAUUUGCUUUGUGAAAUGUUUUAUUAAUUAGUAUCUGUAAAUAAUGGUGUCUGACUGGAAUAAAAUACAGUAACUACUCA